CCCGACGGCGAGCUCAUCCCUCUGGAGCCAGAUCCUCCUUCUAUCUCCAUGGCUCCCAUCUCUACUUCCCAACCCAUCGUCGUUCUCGUACGCCGACAUCCCACCGAUGCGCGACGUCGAGCACUCCAUCCAGCUUGUGCCUGACUAUCGAGUUCACCACCAGACACCCUACAGACUCUCGAUCCCCGAGGCCACCGAACUCAAGCGUCAGCUUGAGGAGCUCCUGAGACUGGGUUUUAUUAAACCCAGCAACUCCCCGUGGGGUGCACCCGUCCUCUUUGCUCACAAAGCGGAUGGAACUCUCCGUCUCUGCAUCGACUAUCGUGGCCUCAACCGCUACACGGUUAAGAACAGUUACCCCAUGCCUCGUUUCGAUGAGCUGUUCGACCGCCUAGCAGGCAACCGCUUCUUCACGAAGAUUGAUCCUCGUAGCGGUUACCAUCAGAUCCGCGUCGCUGCAGCCGUCCAGCCGAAGACCGCGUUCCGAUCGCGAUUCGGCCACUACGAGUUUACGGUGAGGUCAUUCGGCUUCACCACUACCUUCCAGAGGGCGAUGAAUGACAUCUUCAGGGACAUCCUGGAGCAGUACGUUUUCGUUUACCUCGACGAUAUCCUGGUCUACAGUCGUACCCUCGAGGAACACCUUAGACACCUCCGCGACGUCCUUGACCGCUUGCACAAACAUGGCUUCUACGCCAAGCUGAGCAAGUGCCACUUUGCCCAGCACAAAGUGGAUUUCUUAGGACCCUACGUGGCUGACCAGGGUCUCCACAUGGAUGACGCGAAGAUCACUGGCCCGCUCCCACAUCCGCCAAGCAGCUUCGCAGCUUCCUAGGCCUGACCAGCUACUAUAGUAACUUCAUCCAGGGAUACGCUAGGUAUUCCUACG